UUAUAUCACUUGUCGCCGAUAUAGAUUUUUGUUCUCGAGAAACCCAACAAAGGGCGGAAGCCUUUCCGCAAUAUGGCAGCGUAUCACGUUACGUAGGUACAAAAUGUGUAGUAUCACGCACCGUUGCAUUGUCCGUCGUCCCAGCAGUCGAACGUCGGAGCUCAUUGUCAACGCCACAGUAUUUAUAAUAACAUCAAUCUUGAUGGAAACUCCAAACAUGAUACAGUUUCUCAAAUAUUGACGUGGCGUCAAGUCAACUUUCCGACUGUCGACAAGAUAACGUGAGUGUUAUAAAUCAUCUCUAUGAUGCGUGAUCGCUUGCACAUAUUGAAACGCAGACUCGUUGCACCGCAAAAGAGAGAAUGUGGCGAGGCAACUCAUGUUUCACUCCCGACUGUUGAUUCUCGAUUCGCCUUAUGUAACUAAUGAUUGCCUGUGCGAGCGUGUGAACCAUAAAUAAUCCACUUUGAGUUCAAGACUUUAUUGGAUUCUCUUCUGCACCCUAAUACGAAAUACGAAAAUCAUACAUAAGUGCGCGCCUAAAAUCUCCUAAACAGCAGCGAAUUAAAAUUCGUUAAAAUCUUAAAAAGAGAUCCCCUAUUUCAAAAAUUAAUUUAAAUUAUUUAUCGGUUUUCUUUUAUCAAUAACUUCUUGGCAGAGUUCUCUCCGCAGAAGGAUGAAGUUUGACUGUGCGGUGAAAAUCAUAAUAAAAUCACUGCGAUUGUAAUUUAUAACAAUUUAUUGUAAAUGUGGUGCCGGAAGAACUCGAGCACUUGUGGAUAUCGAUCACUCAUGCGAGGGACGCGUUAGUCGUGCAAGGUGAGUCACAUAAGGGAGAUCAAAUUGCCAGGCGAGAAGGAGUCUCGCCUGUCAAUCGCCACAGGCGGAAUUGUGCAUAUUAUCUAGCUGUAUCUCUGUGACGAAAAUGCGCGGUAUCACGGAAAGAACGCCUCUAAGAAGAUCCACGGAUUCGCCCGAUUACGUCGAGUUCGCCAGCCUCUUGAGGACUCGAAGAACGCGAUUGCGACAGUUCCAAUGCUGCGUCUGCGGUAUUCUGAUAGUGGUUUUUACCAUGGCUCUGGUGGUAUCCAUCAGCUACUCCAUGAGCCAUAGUAACUUCACUGAUCCUGUGAACGACAACGUAACGUCUCUAGGUAGUGCUUUGAGAUUGGGACUCGCACUUGAAUCUAUCUCACACUCGGCCUUCAGCAGCACCACCAGUGCCACAACUGAACCCAAAUCAGUCUUGGUAACUAACGAGGAUGUCGACACUUCAACGAAGCGUCUCAGCCAACUGGAAUACACGCGAGGAUUACGAGCUGGCGAACAGGCGAUGAAGGAUCGUUUGUUCGCGGAUAUGGUCGCCGCGAAAUCACCGUUGCCACCUUCAUCCCCUGAAUUCAGACAUCGCCACGCGGUGAGCACGCGCUGCAAUGUUAGCACCCUUGCUUUGGCAGCGACAGGUGAAAUCGCGGCAACAAAAAUGAUUGAGAAAAUGAGGUCCACCCAUGAUAAACCGUCGGCGAUCGGUACCUUCUUCGACAGCGGCUGGUUACCGGAAACCGUGUGCAAACGAUUCUUCAAUAAUACCUGCAAAGCCAGCAAGUACCGAACUAUCGACGGUAGCUGUAAUCGACCGAGAGGCUGGGGCACCAGCAUGACGCCCUUUCGAAGAGCUCCGUCACCCGAUUAUGCCGAUGGAAUCGAAUCGCCUCGAAAGGCACGGUCCGGAAAGGAUUUGCCUUCCGCCAGGGAGAUCAGUCUGAAGGUGCACAAACCUUCGGCCAGCAGCAAUCCGUCUUUCACGGUGAUGCUGGCGGUGUUUGGCCAGUUUCUAGAUCACGACAUCACCGCAACUGCGCUCAGUCAGGGUGCCAAUGGAAGUUCCAUAGCGUGCUGCCCGCCGUUGGGAGGACAACAUCCUGAGUGCUUUCCCGUGCAAGUGGGAGCCGGCGAUCCUGUGUACGAUCUGACUGGCAGGACUUGCAUGGACUUUGUGAGAUCGGCGCCGGCCCCGCGAUGCAAACUCGGUCCUAGAGAACAACUCAAUCAGGUCAGCGCCUUCAUCGAUGGCUCGACUAUUUAUGGCUCCGACAACGAGAUCGCUCGUGACCUGCGCGAGUUCACCGGUGGUCGUCUGAGGAUGCAGUUAACUCCAGACAAUAGGACUUUGCUGCCGCCGAGCACGAACCCCAAUGACGGUUGCAAUCGGGAAGUCGAGCAACGCCGUGGCCGCUAUUGCUUCGUCGCGGGCGACGCCAGGGCGAACGAGAACCUGCACCUGACCACGAUGCACCUUCUCUGGGCGCGGCAGCACAACAGGAUCGCGAAUGAACUAUCCAGAGUUAAUCCAGCUUGGAGCGAUGAGACGCUCUACCAGGAAGCGCGACGCAUCGUCGGUGCUCAAUUGCAGCACGUCACUUAUCGUGAAUUUUUGUCCGUUAUUCUGGGUGACAAGAGGAUGAAUGAGCACAAUUUGCUGCCUCUCACGUCGGGCUACAAAAAGCGGACGCACGAUCCGGACGAGCUGGAGAACGACCCGACGAUCGCCAAUCACUUCGCGGCCGCAGCUUUCCGCUUCGCUCACACUUUAAUACCAGGAUUGAUGAGGAUGACGGACGCUGAGAAGGAUACUCAGUCCUACAUGGAGCUGCACAGGAUGCUCUUCAAUCCCUACAGUCUCUACGCCGCGGAUGGUAUGAGACAUUCAGUCACCUCGGCCACGACCAACGUUAUCCAGAGGUACUCCACGCACGUAACUUCGCAGCUGACCAAUCACCUCUUUGAGGACCCCAUGGCCAAUUCUACGGUACCAUGCGGCCUUGAUUUAGUGUCGUUGAACAUCCAACGAGGACGGGAUCAUGGACUACCGGGUUAUACUGUGUGGCGGGAAUAUUGUGGUCUCGAAAAGGUGGAAACUUUCGACGAUCUCGUAGGCCACUUGGACCGUCAAGCUCUGGAAGAGAUAUCAAUGCUCUACGAAACUGUUGGCGAUGUGGAUUUGUAUACCGGCGCAUUGGCAGAAAUACCGGAAUCGGACAGCUUGAUCGGACCUACGUUUACGUGCUUGAUUCUUGAUCAGUUCGCGCGUUUGCAAAAGGGAGAUCGUUUCUGGUACGAGUUUGCCGAACAGCCAUAUCCUUUUACAAAAGAUCAACUCGUGGAAAUACGUAAGAGUUCGCUGGCGAAAUUAAUAUGCGAUUGUUCUGAUGGAAUCAUGCACGCUCAGAUGAGAGUUAUGCGUUCUGUUGGUCCUGACAAUCCUAUGGUAUCAUGCGAAGAUAUACCAGGACCUUCCUUUGCAGCAUGGAAAGAAGAUCACGCUUCCGAUUCAAAAUCAUCGUAGCGUUUCAAAUUUUAGAAAUCUCAGUAAACGAGAAUAAAUUAAAGUGAAUAGAAAUUUGUUUCGACAUUUUCAAAUUUGUGUUUCAGAUUUUUUGUAUCCAUUUGAAUCUAAAAAUAAUACGGAUAUGAAUACAUCCGAAGUCAAUAUGAUGAAUAACACAUUUUAUAUUUUAAUUUAUUUAAAUUUAUUUGAAUCGAAAAAUACUUCGGAUCUCUAAAACACGAACUCAGACAAAUUUAAAUAAAUUGCAAUUUUCAAUAAUUUUGAAUUUAUUUUUGUUUACUGGGAAACAAGCAUAUACAUGUAUACAAGAUAUUCUAAAAUUGCUAAAUAUACUUUUUAAUAAAUUAUUUGAUUAAUUUAGAUAUAUAUUAAAAAUUGAAAAAUUACAAAAAAAUGAUUACCUUCAUCAGUAUUUUUAAUUGCUACAGAAAAAUUGACUCUAGAUUGGUUCAAUUUGUGAAAGCAUACGUAGUAAUUCUAUGUAUAAAUUCCUUACAAAUUAAAGGAAGGUCACUAUUUACUAACAUGAAGAAAUUUCGUUUCUUUAUGUAUGCAAGUUAUGUUUAUUUAAAAUUAUUCUUUAAAAACAUUUUAUAUUCUUGCUAAUAUAUAAAAUAAUUAAAUUGUUGAUUUAAUACUAGUCUUUUUUGUAAGUUUCUCUCAAAAACUAAACGUAAUGGCGAUAGUACCGUACCGCUCAAAAUACAAAAUUAAAAUAAGAAAUAAAGUUUUUGUAAUUUAUUUCUGUAUGUUUUAUAAAACAUAAUUACUACAAAUAUAUUCCAUAAAUAAAUAUCUAAAAAAACCCAGUUUUUAUCCGAUUGUUGACUUUAAGCAGCGAUGGGUACGAUUAAUACUUGACCGCUUGAAACAUCGUAUGAUAAUGGCAAAAAAUAAAGUUAAUAUUAAAUGACUUUGGUCAUACGCAUUGACUAAUUAUCCAUUUUUAUUGUUAUAUAAGAAAAUUAAUAAUUUUUAUCGUUAUAUAAGAAAAACUUUUAGAAAGAUAAAAUUUUGAAAAUAAUAAAAAGCAGCGCUCGAGUAUGUUAUA